UGAUCAUGGACUUUCACAUGGUUUCUGAUGACAGCACAGACCAUGGAUUUCCACAUGAUCUUCCACAUCAGCUCCCUGAUAUAGACUACAGACAGCAAUAGAGUCCUCUGCUGCUACACAGACCACAGACACCAUCAUAGGCCUUGGUGUCAGCACAGGACAAGGGCAUAAACAUAGUCUCAGAUGGCAGCACAGGACACUCACAUCAACAACCCCCCCCAAGCCCUCAUAAGUAACAUGGCUUCAGGCAUCAGUACAGACCAGAGACAUCUACAUGACCUUCUGUGGUAGUAGGGGCCUCGGAUAUCACCACAAACCCUUGCUGCAGUUGAACCAUGGACCCAGACAUGAUCCUCAGUGGCAGCAGAGACCGUAGGCAUCAAUAAAGCCUCUGGAGGUGGCCAGACCAGGGACAUCUGAAUAGUCUUCAGGCUAGAGAAAUCAACAUGGCUCCCAGGCCUGGCUCUUCUGCUGAAUGCUCAGCUGGGGUCUGCCUACAAUCUGGUAUGCUACUUCAGCAACUGGGCCCAGUAUCGGCCAGGUCUUGGGAGCUUCAAGCCUGAUGACAUUGACCCCUGCCUGUGUACUCACCUGAUCUAUGCCUUUGCUGGGAUGCAGAACAAUGAGAUCACCACCAUAGAAUGGAAUGAUGUUACUCUCUAUAAAGCUUUCAAUGACUUGAAAAACAGAAACAGCAACCUGAAAACCCUCCUGGCAAUUGGAGGCUGGAACUUUGGAACUGCUCCUUUCACUGCCAUGGUUUCCACUUCUCAGAACCGCCAGACCUUCAUUGUCUCAGUCAUCAAAUUCCUGCGUCAGUAUGGGUUUGAUGGACUGGACCUGGACUGGGAAUACCCAGGCUCACGUGGGAGCCCUCCUCAGGACAAGCAUCUUUUCACUGUCCUGGUGAAGGAAAUGCGUGAAGCUUUUGAGCAGGAGGCUAUUGAGAGCAACAAGCCCAGACUGAUGGUUACUGCUGCUGUAGCUGCUGGCAUUUCUAACAUCCAGGCUGGCUAUGAGAUCCCUGAACUUUCUCAGUACCUGGAUUUCAUCCAUGUCAUGACCUAUGACCUCCACGGCUCAUGGGACGGCUACACUGGAGAGAACAGUCCUCUUUACCGUCUCCCUACUGAAACUGGUAGCAAUGCCUACCUCAAUGUGGAUUAUGUUAUGAACUACUGGAAGAACAAUGGAGCCCCAGCUGAGAAGCUCAUUGUUGGAUUCCCAGAGUAUGGACACACUUUCACCCUGAGCAACCCCUCUGAUACUGGAAUUGGUGCCCCUACCUCUGGUAAUGGCCCUGCUGGACCCUAUACCAGGCAGGCUGGGUUCUUGGCCUACUAUGAGAUUUGUACCUUUCUGAGAAAUGGAGCCACUGAGGUCUGGAGUGCCCCCCAGGAAGUGCCCUAUGCCUAUAAGGCCAACGAGUGGAUUGGCUAUGACAAUGUCAAGAGCUUCAGUGUCAAGGCUCAGUGGCUUAAGCAGAACAAUUUUGGAGGUGCUAUGAUCUGGGCCAUUGACCUUGAUGACUUCACUGGCUCUUUCUGUGACCAGGGAAAAUUCCCUUUGACUUCUACUUUGAACAAAGCCCUUGGUAUAGCCAGUGCAGGUUGCACAGCCCCUGACCUGCCUCCUGAGCCAGUGACUCCUACUCCAGGAAGUGGGAGUGGGGGUGGAAGCUCUGGGGGCAGUGGAUUCUGUGCUGACAAAGCAGAUGGCCUCUAUCCUGUGGCAGAUGACAGAAAUGCCUUCUGGCACUGCAUCAAUGGAAUCACAUACCAGCAGCAUUGUCAGGCAGGGCUUGUUUUUGAUACCAGCUGUAAUUGCUGCAACUGGCCAUGAACCUAAUGUCAUUCUUCCCCAAAUUUCUGCACUCUCCUUUACUUCUCACCCUUUGGUAGGAGGGUAGCUAGCUUUCAUUCAAAGUUAUGCAAUAAAAUUGGUAGCUAAAACA